AUGACGGACUCCUCGCAAGCGCCCCGCUUCUGCGCCGACUGCUUCAAGGGCACGCUCCGCGGCGACGUCGAGCCGCAGGGCACGGAGGAGACCAUCAGCGGGCUGCCGACGUACGUCGCGCGCCCCGAGGAGGGCCGCGAGCCCGCGGGGGUCGUCGUCGUGAUCCCGGACGUGUUCGGGUGGAAGCUGCGGAACACGCGGGCGCUGGCGGAUGCGUAUGCCAAGAGGAUCCCGGCCGUGGUGCUGCUUCCCGAGGUGAUGAACGGCUAUGCGAUGCCCGAGUCCAUCCUCUCCGUCGGCGACCGCAUCCAGGCCGAGAAGUCGUGGUGGUACAAGCUGCUCUACCUCUACCCCGUCGGCGCCUUCACCAUGAUCCGCCACUUCGUCCCCCUCCUCCUCGCGACCCGCUCCGGCGUCCUCAUCCCGCGCAUCACCAACUUCCUCCAAGCCCUCCGCCUCUCCCCGCCGUCCCCGCUGCCCCGAUCCUCGACGUCCACCUCCGGGUCCGCGGACGAGGGGCAGGCGGCCGCGAAGGGCGUCAAGAUCGGGGUCGCGGGGUUCUGCUGGGGCGGCAAGUACACCAUCCAGCUGGCGCAGGCGGCGUCCGGCCCGUUCGGCGAGGCGCUGAUCGACGUCGGGUACACGGCGCACCCGAGCAUGGUGUCGGUGCCGGGGGACCUGGAGAAGGUGGUGCUGCCGCUGAGCAUUGCGAACGGGGACGACGACAUGAUGAUGCCGCGGGCCAAGAUGGCGGCGGCGAAGGACGUGUUGGGGAAGAAGGGGAAUUGUGAGGUUGUGGAGUAUCCCGGGGCUAAGCACGGGUUUGCGGUCAGAGGGGACCCGAACGAUCAGAGCCAGGCGGACUUGGGGAUGAGGGCGGAGGACCAGGCUGUUGGGUGGUUUAGGAGGUGGUUUGGACAGGGUCCUGAGGCGUGA